UAAAUUAGAACUAGUUUACCUUUGGAAUCUACAAGUCUGUGGCGAGUCUAUCGUUUCGCGCAUUAUUCAGGCAAAAUGGCGACAUUGUAGACGUCGUUUUGAGGAGAAGAAGCGGGACUUCGCGGCAAGUUUACGUUCCAGAAUCAAUUACAACGCAGUUGAGUGUACGAAUCAUCCGUUUAAUCCCGUUAUCGAUCACGCGACCGCCCGGCGACUCCCGGUAAACACCGAUCAGCCUUGCGGAACCGCUGCAUCAUGUCGGACGAGAAGCAGGAGACAAAGACGGAGUCGGAGCACAUAAAUUUGAAAGUGCUGGGUCAGGACAACGCAGUAGUUCAGUUUAAAAUUAAGAAACAUACACCCUUACGGAAAUUAAUGAAUGCAUACUGUGACCGUGUAGGCUUGGCGAUAGCAGCAGUAAGAUUUAGGUUUGAUGGACAGCCCAUAAACGAAUUAGACACACCUACCUCACUGGAAAUGGAAGAGGGAGAUACAAUAGAGGUGUAUCAACAGCAAACUGGUGGUUUUUCGUGUUGAGAUGCAAUGCAUCGCGUUUACAAAUGGACUAAAUGAAAUUUAUCGUUCCAGCAGUGUUUACGUUUAACAGAAGGCAUGAUUUAAUAAUUUUUUUAUCUUUACUCCGCUCUACAUAACAGGAGACUUCGAUCCAUCACAUAAUG